GCAGCAUCUGGCGGACAAGAGCAGUGCAGCGAGCAGGGCGGCGGGGGGCGCGCCGGGCGCCGGGGGUCGGGCUCCGGCGGCGGGGCGGGGGGCGGCCUGCAGCACGAGACCCAGAGCUGGCCUCCAGCGGGUGACAUCCAGAACAGCUUCUACCUGGACGUGAAGCAGAACGCCAAGGGCCGCUUCCUCAAGAUCGCCGAGGUGGGCGCGGGCGGCAACAAAGGCCGCCUCACGUCUCCUGUCGGUGGCCGUGGAGUCCGCGACUACCUGGCGACUUCUAGCGAGCACUAUGCGCAGCUGGGCCCCAGCCAGCCGCCCGAGCUGGCGCAGGCCGCCGACGAGCCGCGCCGGCGUGAAGGCGAGUUUCUGGUGCGGGAGAACCAAUACUACAUGGAUCUGAAAGAGAACCAGCGGGGCCGCUUCCUCGCAUGCCGCCAGACCGUCAAGCCGGGGCCCCGCCUGGGCCGCACCCAGGGCCAGACCAUCGCGCUGCCGGCGCAGUGGCCAUCGAGUUCCGCGAGCCCUGGCAAGUUCAUCGACGACUUACGGCGUGGAGGAGAGCCGGCCGAGCUGCAGGGCACCUCCUUGACUGUGGACAACCAAGCGCUUCAUUUUCGACGUGGGCUCCAACAGUACGGCGUGUUCAUAGCGGGUGAGCAGGUGAGCCCAACCUAUGUCCGCACUCCAUCACCCGUCCCCUACAAGGUGUGGGCCAAGUUCGGCCACACCUUCUGCAAUACUCGAGGAGAAAUGAAAGAAGAUCCAGGAGAGCAAGCGGGACAAGCGGCGCCGACCGCCGUCGCCUCCGGGCCCGAGCCGCAGGCGGAGACGGAGAGCAGCGCCGCCGCCGCCGGGCCCCCGGGAAGCCCUGCUGCAGGCACGACGAGCCGGAGGCAAGGAUUGAUCCGACUUGGCUCCUUGGCUGCCUCCCGCCUGCGCACACAGAAGAAC